ACACUAUAUAUAGUGGAGAGAGGGGACAUACUGUUAGGUAGUAUCAUGUGCUCCCAAUUAAAUUCAUUGCACAAAACCACUUAGCCAUGUGCUAAUCGCCCACACAAGAAAUGUAGAGGGCCAGAUAUGUCAGUACCACAAAAAGAAAAUGGACCACUAACAAUCGAGGUACUGAUGAUACACACAAGACUAACAGAUGAGCAAGUGAACCAAGAAAUUGCUGAGAUAGAUUUGCCUAAAAUAGCCCAUCUAUUCUACUGUAUAGAUGACCUUUGUGAGCAGUUUGGGCUCUCUGCUGAAGAAAAAGCAGAUGUCGAUAGAUUGCGACAUUCUAAAGGUACAAAAGAAUCGAAUAAAAAAUCUCUAAAAAUAUGGAGAGAACAAGACCCUUAUAACGCUACAUUCAAGAACCUUCUCACCAUCUUAUUGGACAAUAAGAAAGGAGAUGUGGCUAAAGACGUGGCCCAUUACAUUUCCAACAGACCUCAACAAAAAAAAACGAAUAACCAACCAAGGCUGGAAGAGGAGACAGGGAGGCAAGUCUGCAGUUUCAUGUUAGUCCAAUUAGCCGUAGGUACAGUUCUUUUGUCAAUGGCACUGUAUAGUCAAGAUCAAGAUAGAUUACCAGUUCUCACAAUGACCGACUUUGAGCAGUACAGGAAAAAUAAUAUUCAUUGGUUCUCCCCUCCAGUCUACACCCACCAUCAGGGCUACAAGAUUUGUCUCAGAGUGCACGCUAACGGCUAUGGCACUGCAAAAGGAACACACAUCUCUGUGUACGUGCACUUCAUGAGAGGAGAGUUUGACGAUUCUUUGAAAUGGCCGUUUCAAGGCACCAUACAUUUCAGACUAAUAGAUCACCUCCAUGGAGAAGAUCAUGUGGAGUAUACAGCUGUAUAUGAUGACAUGACAGACAGCAAGGCUUGUGCCAGAGUGACUAAGGGAGAUUUGGCAGAAUGGGGUGAGGGAAAACGGAUGUUCAUCAAGCACUCUGAACUAAAACCCAACUAUUUAUUAGACAACACACUUUUGUUUCAGAUACAUAACUGUAGUGUUGCAGAGCCAGAGAUGGCACACAGACAACUAACUAUGGACACACUGAUGAUAAACACAGGACUAACAGACAAGCAAGUGGAUCAAAAAAUUGUUACGACUGAUUUUCCUGGAAUAGCCGAUAUAUUCAACUGUAUAGAUGAUCUUUGUGACCAGUUUGAGCUCUCUAAUGCAGAUAAGGAAGAUGUUAGAAGAACACGGAACUUCGAAGGUACAGAAGCAGCAAAUAAAGAAGCUCUAAGAAAAUGGAUAAAGAAAUGCCGGCAUGAGGCUACAUUCAAGAACCUUCUCGUCAUCUUAUUGAAGAUUAGGAAAGAAAAAAUUGCUAGAGAGGUGGCCCAUUAUGUUGCCAACAGACCACCAAGGCCGGAGGAGAGAAAAGAAAAACAAAGCUACUAUUUCAUUUCAGCGGUUGCAGUCAUAUUAGUAGUCAUACUAGCCAUUGGCAUCGUUUAUUGGAUACCGUGCAAUGAAGAUCAAUCAAUUCCAUAUACAGUACCUCCAUAUACAGUACCUCCAUAUAGAGUACCAACCCCUAACCUCAAAAUAACCAAUGAUCAGUACAAGGAGAAUUAUACUUUUAAAGGAUUACCAGUUCUCAAAAUGAUCGACUUUAAGCAGUACAAGGCUAAUUAUACUAAAUGGUGGUCCCCUCCAGUCUACACCCACCAUCACGGCUACAAGAUCUGUCUCGGUGUGCGUGCUAGCGGCUGGCGCACUGGUGAAAGAACACACAUCUCUGUGUUUGUGCACUUCAUGAGAGGAGAGUUUGACGAUUCUUUAAUAUGGCCGUUUCGAGGCGCUAUAUAUAUCAGACUAAUAGAUCAGCUCCAUGGAGAAGAUCAUUGGGAGCGUACACUUCCAUAUAAUUACUGGACGGAUAGCAAGACUGAUGACAGAGUAACUGACAGAGAUAGGGCAGAAUUGGGUUGGGGAAUAUAUAAGUUCAUCAAGCAAUCAGAACUAAAACCCAACUAUUUGUUAGACAACACACUUCUGUUUCAGAUAUACAAGUGUAGUAUUGAAUGAAUCUUUCUUUUGUGUUUAGAUAGACUUACUGGUUUCCAAAUCCAAAUGCAAUAUCAAAGUUUUCAAUCUUGAA